CUUCCUGAUCUUCAACAAGUGUGUUCCUCCGCUAGGCUUUGAUGCCCUAGGCUUUCCAAAAAAGGACCAUCGACCCUGCGGACCUCCAUCGUGGAUCCCAGUCACACACGUAUGCCGUCAAUGGCGAUCCGCAGCUCUGUCCCAUCCAUUCCUCUGGGCAACCCUAUUAUGUCAUCGCCUCAAUUGCCACCAGCGUGGAUGCUCUCGCUGGGGAGAAGAGAGUCUAGUUAGAUCAGGUACCGUACCAUUACAGGUCCAUGCCAAUCUCGAGCAGCUACACCCCGGAAGCAAAGGUUACGAUGAGCUGAUCAAGAAUAUGCCUCGUACGCGCGAGAUGUGGAUCGCAAAAGGAACCGUAGAGAACAUGGCGUCUCUCAUGACUGCCGCUGGCUCUGCACCUAUCCUCGAAACCAUCCACUUCGUCAACACUUUCGGCAUCAACUUGCAAAUAAUCCCUCUCAAGCUAAUUGAGUGCCCCCUUCUCAAAUGGAUUCAUAUUCGCUGCUUCCUCAGCCCCUUUGACUGGGUGGGCAUCCGACCCUUUGCUCCGAACCUUGUUACUCUAGAGUUAGAAAUCGCCAUCCGUUGCUUUUCCAUAGAAGCUCCCGAGAUGCUACGCGCCCUGAAUGGCAUGCACAAGCUAGAAACGUUGAAUCUGAGUUUAAUCGUCCCCAAGCUUCCCGCGGAUUUCAAUGCGGAUGUCAUUGCCACUCUCCCAACCCUUCGCUACGUAGAAGUCCUUGCUGACUUCCACACUUGCCUUAUUCUUCUACCACGCCUUGUUUUCGAUCGCACAUGCGCACGGGUCAAGGUCACCGCCUCAGAAAUAGGAUCUGCCCUCGAUGACGACGCGAUGCAAAGCACCUUGCGCAGGCUCGUCGCGCUUGGCGCCUCCAACGAUCUGACCUUUGACGGAACCACAGCGGACGUCGUACACGCGAAAUUUAGCCAGCUUUCUGCCAGUUUUUCAAUAGCCACAUAUGACAAGGUUUCCACCGAAUGCUCUCUCGAGUUGAGUCGUCGCACCAAGGCCGUUCCGUGCUUCGAGCUGGUCUACUCAACAGUAUCUGCUCGUGCUGGCCAGGUCGUGACACACUUCGCCGAGGCAUUCCUCAUGUCUUCCGUUACGUCCAUUUACAUCGGCCCAUGCGCCUUUUUCCCGAACACGCUGCAGGAGUUAUUCUUCCACGUCAACUCCGUGAAGACUUUGGAGGUUGUCGACGUGUCUCGGGAAGAUAGCCGAGCAGCCUUCGCGACUUUAGAGCCUAGGGAUCAACAGCUUCCGGCUCCACAGCUCCAGAAUAUCGUCAUCAAAGGCUUUAGGGGUGGUGACGGGUGUCCAAGUCUCGAAGCUCUGCGGGAAUGUGCUAUUCAUCGUCGCGAACUGGAAUGUCGGAUAGCGAACGUUGUUUGCGGACGGAAUUGCGACCUUGUGGCGAACGAGGCUGAGUCUGUAAGGGAAUUAGGCAUCCAGGUCGAUUGGUUGCCUUACUUGGACUAG